AUGGGAAUUCAUCAACUUAUGUAAUUUUUAAAGGAAAAAGCACCUAAUUGUUUUAGGACAUUAAUGCUAGAUUAUUUUGCAGGAAGGUAAUAGUUAAUUUAACAAAUAGAACUAUCGGUUGUGAUGCUUCUAUGGCUAUGUAUUAAUUUUUAAUUUAAACACAAUCUGCAGGAUAGACAUAAAUUAUUGAAUUAACAGAUAAAGAUGGUAAUAGAACUGGACAUCUAGUUGGGUUAUUUAAUAGAACAUUGCAAUUUCUUGAGAAUGGAAUAAAACCUGUUUGGGUAUUUGAUGGAAAACCUCCUUAAUUAAAAAGUGGUGAGUUAGCAAGAAGAAAGAAAUUAAAAGAGGAGGCUUAAGUUAAAACAGAAAUAGCUUUAGAAUAAGGUGAUAUGUAAUAGGCCUUACUUCAACAUUAAAGAACAACUACAAUAUCAAGUAUAAUGAAAGAAGAUGCUAUAAAAAUGCUUAAAUUAAUGGGAUGUCCUGUUAUUAUAGCACCAUGUGAAGCAGAAGCUUAAUGUGCUGAAUUAUGCAGAGCAGGUAAAAUUUAUGCUACAGCAACAGAAGAUAUGGAUGCUUUAACUUUUAGAACUCCAGUUUUAUUAAGAGGGUUCAAUACUAAAAAAGAACCUAUUUAUGAAAUUAUAUAUGAUGAUAUGAUUAAAGAAUUAGACUUAACUUAUGAAUAAUUUGUAGAUCUAUGCAUUCUAGUAAAAAUUUAUUUUUAUUAUUUCUUAGUGUGGUUGUGAUUACACUGAAAAAAUAGAAGGUAUUGGACCUGGAACUGCAUAUAAACUUAUUAAAGAAUUUAAGAAUAUUGAAGGGAUUUUAGGACAUGUGGAAAAAGUCAAUGAGGAAAGAUUAAAAAAUAAAUAAAAUCCUAAAUAUACAGUUCCAACUAAAUUUUUGUAUUAAGACAGUCGAGAAUUGUUUAUUACUCCAUUAGUUUCUAAAGGAGAUGAAAUUUAAGUAAUAUUAUCAUUAAUUAUUUUUUUAAGUUAACAUGGAAUAAACCUGAUGUAGAAAAUUUGAAAAAAUUCCUUGUUGAAGAAAAAGGAUUUGCAGAAUCUAGAAUUGACAAUGGACUUAAAAGAAUUUCUAAAAAAGAUCAUACAGGUUUUUAAAGUAGAUUAGAGAAUUUCUUUGGUAAAACUACAAAAAUUAUUCAUCCAAAUAAUAGUAAAGCUAAAGCCAAAUCUAAUAAAAAGAAUGAAUAAACUUCAAAAUCUGGAGGAAAAAAAAAAAUUUGA